AUGUGUACUGUUCCAUGGGGCAGAUGGUGUGUCCCAGAUGGUCCAUCCGAGGCAGUUCCCAAGAAGCUUCUGCAUGAAACCCAGCCAAGACCAACCAAUUACCGAGGGUUUCAGAAGCCACAUUUCCCACUGCGGCCGCGGGCGUUUGAUCCCAACGUUAUAGGGGACGGCGUGUUCCUCUCUGAUGUCUCUCCUUCCAACAUAGGGCGUGCUCUCCCAGCAGAGAAGAAGAAAGGGAGAUCGGCCUCCUUCUACCCUCCAGAGCUCACCCCGUCCCUGCUUCCCGUGGAUGAGACACAACCGCCAGCGCUCAACGGCAGCAUGGAGCCCGUGGGCGUCAGCACGGAGAUGGCACUGCUCAGCAACAUCCUCGCAGCCUACUCCUUCAUCACAGAGAACCCGGAGCGCGCUGCUCUGUAUUUCGUCUCUGGUGUGUGCAUUGGACUCGUCCUGACGCUACUCGCCUUGGUGCUCCGCGUGUCCUGCCGGACGGACUGCAAACGCUCCCCCGCCAAAAAGCCCCCGCGGGAGCGGGAGAGCGACAGCGACAGCAGCGACAGCGACGACGACUCGGACACCACGUCGGACCUGUCGGCCCGCAGGCACCGCCGGUUCGAGAGGACUUUGAACAUGAACGUCUUCACUUCGGCCGAGGAGCUGGAGCGGGCGCAGCGGCUGGAGGAGCGGGAGCGCAUCAUCCGGGAGAUCUGGAUGAACGGCCAGCCGGACAUCCCCACGCGCGAUACGGAGCGGAGGGAGGAGAGGAGCAGUGCGUGGGUGUCCCCCCCUUUCCUUUCAGGAGCGCUGCGCAGUGCCGUAUGGAUGGACAGCAAUAAAGCUUUCUCCUUCUCCUCUUCCCUGACGUUGCUAUCGCUCCUCUUCGCGGAGACUCUCUGGUUGCAGCAGAGGUGGUCACCAGCUUUGUUUCUUGGUGUGAAGGAUGUGAUGGUGACAAUCCUUGCUCAUAAGGCUGGGGGAAGAGCAGUGAAGUACAGUGAGGUGUACGUAAAUGAUGUCUACUCUGGCUUUGUCAGACAACUUGCAGGCAACAAG